UAUGAUAGUAGCAUGAAACAUGUAUAUACCGUACAAGCUCACUCCUGAUCCAACAACUCUAAUAUCUUCGAUCAUGUAAACGACGUCGUUUCAAUCUCAAUCUCUCUCCCUUUACCAUCGCCAUCACUCUUCAGAUGCCGACUGCAACCUUCUAGUAUUCUCUCUAAUGAAAAUUCUUUUCUUUUCUGAAUUUUUGGUUUUUUUUCUCCUCUUCAUUUAUCUCUAACUUAAAUCCUUUUUAGAUUCCCAAUCGCCACAGGGAAAAAAAACCAUUUCUGAAUUUUCCCUUUUCCCGAGUCUCUGUUAUCUGGGAUUUUCUUUUCCUUUUAGGUUGAUUUCUGGGGGUUCAUUAUCCAUGGCAGCCAAGUUUGGUUCGUUUAGAUACAAUUUCGCAGAGAAACGAGAGAGAUUGCUAUCGACGAAUAAGGGAUAUUCGGAGCUGGGUUCCUUCGUCCCCAUUGAAGACGAUGAAGAAAGCCAGUAUGCGUCUUCUCGUUGCUGCUCUUUCCGAUUGCUUUCCGAUAGGUUUGUUAGUUGGGUUAGAAAGGUACAAGAAGUUUCAGCUAAGGCCUGGCAGAUGGGUUUGUCCGAUCCGAGAAAGAUCAUCUUCUCAGCGAAGAUGGGUCUGGCUCUCUCGCUCAUAUCGUUGCUGAUUUAUCUCAGAGAACCGUUUAAGGAUUUGAGCCGUUACUCUGUUUGGGCUAUUCUCACUGUCGUCGUCGUCUUUGAGUUCAGUAUAGGAGCAACUCUUAGCAAAGGAUUUAACCGUGGUUUGGGUACAUUAUCUGCUGGAGGGCUUGCUUUGGGCAUGGCAGAGCUCUCGAAAUGUGCUGGAGAAUCGGAAGAAGCUAUAAUAAUUGCUAGUAUCUUUAUCGUAGGAUCUUUAGCAACUUAUGCCAAAUUGUACCCAACAUUGAAGGCUUACGAAUAUGGUUUCAGAGUCUUCAUCUUGACAUAUUGUUUCAUUAUGGUAUCGGGGUAUAGGACUGGGGAAUUCAUUCAAACAGCUGUGACAAGAUUCCUUCUCAUUGCACUUGGCGCUGGAGUUGGUUUGGGUGUAAAUAUAGUCAUAUAUCCCAUCUGGGCUGGUGAGGAUCUUCAUAAUUUGGUAGCUAAGAAUUUCAUAGGAGUUGCAACCGCUUUGGAAGGUUGUGUGGACAAUUACCUAAACUGCGUUGAAUAUGAAAGGGUCCCUUCAAAAAUUCUCACCUACCAAGCGUCUUCGGACGAUCCACUCUAUAAUGGGUACAGAGCAGCUGUAGAGUCUACAAGUCAAGAAGAUGCUCUGUUGGGAUUUGCUAUCUGGGAACCACCUCAUGGUCGUUAUAAAAUGUUUAAAUACCCAUGGAAGAACUACGUAAAAGUAAGUGGCGCAUUACGGCAUUGUGCAUUUACUGUCAUGGCAUUGCACGGAUGCAUACUCUCAGAAAUACAGGCUCCACCUGAGAGGCGAUUAAUUUUCUUCAAUGAACUUAGAAGGGUAAAAUCAGCAGGUGCUCAAGUGUUACGUGAACUUGGAAACAAAGUUAAAAAGAUGGAGAAAUUAGGAGAAUUAGACAUACUUCUAGAAGUUCAUGAAGCUGCUGAAGAGUUGCAAAAGAAAGUUGAUAAAAAGUCCUACCUUCUUGUCAAUUCUGAAAGUUGGGAAAUCGGCAGCAGAACAAAUGAAAUCAGUGCACCCCAAGAGUCCUUGAACGUGGAUGAUGAAGAAACAAAGUAUCACGAAUACAAGUCUUUGAGUGAAGCUGUACUCGAUCUCAAAUUUGUUCCUGAAGCAAAAGGUUGGGACAACGAUGUUUCGACAGGCACUGCUGGAUUCAACCAUGAUGGCAGGAAGUCUUUACCAAGUGCCACGACGUACACACCUUCAGGUACUCCCCCUGAUAACUUAUUUAAGAAUACAUCAUGGCAUGCUGGGCUCGCUGUCAAUGCUAAUGGAGAGUCUACACAUGAAGAAUCAAAAACUUAUGAAAAUGCAAGUGCAUUAUCUUUAGCAACAUUCACAUCACUUUUGAUUGAAUUUGUUGCAAGACUUCAGAAUCUUGUCGUCGCAUUUGAAGAGUUGAGUGAGAAAGCGAAGUUCAAAGAACCAAUAGAGUCACCAGAAACUGUAGAAUCCAAUGGAUUUCUGGCCAGAAUUUUUAGCUGUUUAAAGUCUUAGAAUGCAGAUACAAACCGUUAUUGACAGAUUUUGGUAGUGAAAAGAAAAUAGACCUUACAAUGACUAGGUCAAUGAAGGUCUGCAGCUAAUCAAUGACACUAGUUUUGGUGCUUAAAUUAGUACUCCUCUAUUUUCUACUGCUGACAAUUGGCCAAGCUGCAUAUUUGGGAGAGGCUUAGAUGACAAAAUUGGUAUAGUUCCAAUGAUGUACAAAGUUCAGAAAAUUUGGGAAACAAUAACGUGUAAUAUAUUUUGAAUGGCAUUUAAAGUUGUCUUGUUUGUUUGUGUCUAAUUUCAUGUGGAAAAUAAAAUAAAAUAGAGAACACGAGGCACUCAUACAGGAUACCAAUUAUGGGAUCAAUUUAUAUUUAAAUUUUAAUCAAUUUAGUACUCAACCACACUAUUGGCCA